CUUGGUGGCGAGGGAAGGGUGGGGGAAAGGAGAAGCGUUCCCAGAAUUCAGCGCGCCUUUGACCUCCGUGACCCAAGAUGGCUGCGCCCAGGGCCGCGGAGGAGACGCUUUGAGUGAGUGGAAGAUCUAGCCAGAACUUGAAUUACAAUGUCGAAGAUAUCCCGUGCUGCUUCUAAAGCAGUACAAAAGGUGGACCCUGGAAAUUUGAUCCGGUCGAUCAUCCGAGCUGGGCAGGCUGUUCCUGGACCACCCUUAGGACCUAUCCUUGGGCAGAGAGGCAUCUCCAUUGGGCAAUUCUGCAAGGAUUUCAAUGAGUGCACAAAGGACAUCAAGGAAGGGAUCCCUCUGCCCACACGCAUCAUUGUACGGCCUGACCGAUCGUACGAGCUUCAGAUAAACAAGCCAACAGCCACGUAUUUUCUGCUGUCGGCGGCUGGCAUAGAAAAGGGAGCAACAAAUCCUGGGCACGAGGUGGCAGGAAUGGUGACCCUGAAGCACUUGUACGAAAUCGCCCUGGUGAAGUCUCAGGACCCGAACUUCGUGCUCCGUGACACGCCGCUCGAGAAGGUUGUCCUGUCGCUCAUGGGAACUGCCCGGUCGCUGGGCAUCAAGGUGGUGAAAGAACUCGAUGCAGAGGAAUACGCUGCUUUCCUGAAGGAGCGUGAAGAGUUAUUGGCAGCUCAGGCCGAAGCAAAAGAAGCUGAACUGGCAGCUGCAAAGAAGAAAUGAGCACCACCUCCCUCCGUUUGGGCACACUGAGAUUCAGAUCCCUAGAGUGCUUGGAGUGCGAAUGGCGCCGGCUUCUCACUUGUCCCGUCUGCUAUGCACUGGGAGCUAAGUCUGCCCAGUGACUGGUUUGGUGAUGCCUUGGUGAAGAAGACAGGGAGGAAGGUGAGAGGGCCAUGGCCUCUGGUCAGGGCUGCCCUGACACUGGAACUCCCACUGUAAUUAUUGCCAGUCCCUUUUCAGUAAAUGAUUUAUUUUUUAAAAAAUAAUCUCACAAUUUUCCUCUGUAUCUUCGAAUGUCUGUGCUGUGUUAUCUUUCCGAUCUCUGAAUCUUUUAAAAAGUUAUUUAACAAGACCUAUUUCCUGCUUAAUCACCAAAAACUCUGAGUAAAUACACACUCAUUAAAAAUAAUGAAUCUAGGUUCAUUUGAAAAACACAAAUAAACUUGGAAGAUGGAAGGAAA